AUUUUAAGCACCAAAUGAAGCUCACUUUUAUACUCGCAUUUUCCACAGAGAAAGGGCCUAGCCGUAGCUGAGAUUUUGUGCUUCCCGUCUAAGUCAGGUGACCUCCAAAGCUUUUCGGUGCUCAGUUAUCGACUUCGUUUGAUAUGGCGGACGAGGAUCCUGUUGAUCAAAAGAAGUAUCUUGAAGAGGCUUGCAAGCCUAAGUGUGUGAAACCGUUGCUUGCAUACCAGGAAUGUGUUAAGAGAAUUCAAGGUGAUGAAAGUGGGCACAAGCAUUGCACUGGUCAAUAUUUUGAUUAUUGGUCCUGUGUUGAUAAAUGUGUUGCACCAAAGUUAUUCACGGAACUGAAAUAACUGGGGGAUGACAAUGUUUUGUUACAUUAGCAUUCAUGUCUUUGCUGUUUUGAGUUCGAAAGCCAGUGAUUGUUUGGAAAAAACUAGUUCAUGAUGUACGGUAAUCUUGAAACGCCUGCAUCUGCAUGGCUAAUCUGAGAACUGUUAGAAAUUUUUUGUGUUUCUGUGGAAACAGUUUGGUCAUUGCCAAUAAAAUACGAUCCUUGAAUACA